UGCUCCAGUCCGAGGCGUCCAGGAAUCCCAGGAAUGAACGUGGCUGCGUUGUUGCUGGCUGCCGCGGCGCUAAGUGCUGCCUUGGCGCAACCUCAAGGUUUCGCUGCGCGCUUCGUUCCUCGGGUCGCCUCCAGGCUCGCCAAUGUUAUUCAAGAGUUCAACAACUUCAAUGGCAUCGAUCCGUGGCGUUGGGGGUACACUCGCGAAGACGCGGCCACUCGUGAGGAGGAGGGGACCGUGGAGAACGACGAGCUGAAGGUGCGAGGCUCCUACAUGUUCGCGACGCCGGAGGGCACGGUGCACAAGGUGGGCUACGUCGCCGACAAAGACGGCUACCGCGCCUCCUCCGAGCCGCCGGACCAGCAGCUGCUCGACCGUCUUGGCACCAACGCCGGACUCACGCUCGUCGGGAAGUGAGACGUGUGUCUGGAUACUUUGUAAUGUUCCUUUCCUGUGGCUCUGAGAUGUGAUGUGAGCAAAGACUCCACGCCAUGAGUAACACAGAAGAUUAAAAUCAGUUUUCUGUCUGACUGAUCUUCACGAAAGACUGCAGGACUUUACAUUCAUCAGUAACAAGUCACGACGUAGUUACAGUGAACUGGCUCAUUAAAAUCAUGUAAUUCUUAUAGCGAACGAUAUUACUUAAACAGAAAAUAUGGGGACAAAUUCAGGAGGGUUACCCUGAGCUUAGAAGGAACUCUAUCAUCAGGAAUUAAUAAACAACAGUGUACUGUUUUCCACUGUUGUGUCAGCUCUGUAAGCAGAAUUUCCCUGUAGAACAUCCGUAAGUCGGGUAGUUGGUUACUUUAUUUUUCUGAAUGUAUCAGUGUGACUAUAAACAGUACUUCGGGGUAUGUUACUGAAACGCCUACAUGUCAACAGUUAGUAAACGUUAGCUUUUACUCCAAUGCAUGUGAUCGAAUAAGCCAUGUAGCUGAAUUUCCCACUUACGUUGAUAAUUGUGGGCAAAUGUUACUUCCAUCUUGGUGUAAGGUGAUAUGGAUUUUGAAUAGUGGUUGAGCAUCGCCCUGCCAAUGGCCAACACUCAAGCACAAAUGAUUGAGUGUUCUGUCCUACGUUCAGGUGUACGGAACCUGGCUCAACAUCUACUCCAACACCUUUGCAAAUACGGUAAUGAUCCAUUGCUGAUGCUAUGAUUCUUUUGGCGAUUUUCGGUGCAUCAUUAUUGUAGUUCAGUCUAAUGAAGAUACUACAUCAGCACCGGUGCCAUACGCAAUUUAGAUAACCUCUUUAUUCAGUCUUUGACUACCAGCAGCACCUACUUACAACAUUUUACCCAGAAGGAACUCACUCCCGCACAAACUGCAUAUGGAAACGUGCAUAUGGGUAUAAGAUUCUACUUAAGUCCAUGUUGCUUUCCGAACAGCCCAUUUCCUUUGGUAUUGAGUGAAUGUCAUCACCUCUUUUUACUAACAUGAUACUUGUCAAUUCUGAAGGAACACUGAGCAUGUAUUAUCGGAAAUACCUAUUUCUGAACCCUUAUAUGAAAGUUUUCGGUUCCUUUUCUGUCACAAGUUCCUGUAAUUUAUUGCUGUAGUUUCUGUUCACCCAGUACUUUGCACCGUUGUAAGUAAAUACUUUCAGUAUCCUAUACUCUCAGGGACGAAAAGCCUCAUUUCUGGACACAGCAAUUUUUUCCUCAUUCUGAACUGCAAUAAAAGUACUUAUG